AUGUCCUCUCCAGCCCCAAUCACGGUCUAUGUCAAAUGGACCCAUCAAAGCCUCAUGCCCAUGCUCGUUCAGGAUGCGGGCCAGCCCCCACUCAUCUACCACUAUGAUGUCCCCAUAUGCCCCGCCGAGCCUCUCCGAAUCGGCUCAUUCGUCAAACUCCUCCUCCUCUCCAACGCAGUCUAUCGGCCACCAUUUUUCUCUACCGCGUCCGGCAAUGCCUACGAUACUUACGACGUCCACAUUCAUGGCCCAGUCAUCAACGUUCACGAAGCCACGGACCAUGCUCUCACUUUGACGAUACGCAACACGCUUACCUGGAGUCCCGUCCAGUAUGCGCGCAUCUCACUCCCCCACAUUCCGAACCUCACGGUUGCCAUCGACGGGGGUAUCCUCACUCGCACGCGGCCGUCCUCCUCCUUGAACACGCGGCUCCUUGAGCUCGAGUACAACGCCGAGAUUUACGACCCUCCACGGUCACCUCCGUGUCCUCCAACCGAGCCUUCGGCCCCCUUUCCUCCUCGAUAG